UAUUCAAAUUUUUUUUGUUUGCUUUUAACCAAUUGAUGUAAAAAAAAUCAAAAAUUAUGGAACUUUUCCCAUCAUCAUGGCUGUACGGAAUUUUGGCCAAUAUUGUUCUAUUGGUUCUCAUAUCGAUUCCAUUGGUGUAUUUUUAUUCACAAUAUAAAUUCAGCUAUUGGAAACGUAAAGGUAUAAAAGGACCACCAACCUUACCAUUUAUUGGAAAUUUUCUCCAUCCAACUCGGCCUAUUCCAUUAAUGCAAAUGGAUAAUCUUCGUCAAUAUGGACAUUUUUUUGGAAUGUUUCGUGGCCGUCAGCCGGUAUUAUCUAUUUCAGAUCCGGCCAUUAUUAAACGUAUACUGGUACAGGAUUUUCAUCUAUUCCACAAUCGUAUGCCAACAACAGAUAGUAAUGUAGUUUUAUCUCAAAAUUUAGUCUCUGCACGUUAUGAUAAAUGGAAACGUGUUCGUUCAAUAUUGACACCAAUGUUUACCACUUCAAAAUUACGUAAAAUGGAAGGACUUAUGGGUCAAUGUGUGGAUUCAUUGUAUCAAGCAUUGGAUCGUUUAGCUAAAACAGAAUCAUCAUUCCCAGUGCAUAAUGUUAUGGGCAAUUUUACUAUGGACGUUAUAGCUAAAUGUGCAUUUGCAACCGAUACCGAUGCUCACAAUGAAAAGGAAAAUAAAUUCGUGGUCAAUGCACGUAAAUUAUUGGAAUUCAAUUUCAUCAGAGCAUUGGGAACAUUUUUAGUACCAAUUUUUUUGAAAAACAUUCUACAAACAUUUCGUAUCAAAUAUUUCUUGUCACCAGAACGAGAUUUUUUCCUCAACAUUUGUUUCCAAUUGAUUAAGCAACGAAAACAGAAUACAACCGCCAAAUAUAGUGAUAUGCUUGAAUUGAUGAUCAAAGCUAAACAUGGUAAGGAUCGAUUGAUGGAAGAUGAUGAUAAAUUUGAUUCAUAUCAUGUGAAUGUCGGUGAUGAAGAAAAACUACGGGAAGAGAAACUUUUAAGUGAAAUUAUUGGAUCAAAAUAUCUAAGCGAAGAAGAAAUUGUGGCACAGUCUUUUAUUUUUUUUAUUGCCGGCUAUGAAACAACUGCUUCAACGUUGACAUUUGCACUCUAUGAAUUGGCUACGAAUCCUGACAUACAGAAUCGUUUAUAUGAAGAAGUUAAAGCCAUUGUUGAUAAUGGUGAACCAUUGGAUUAUGAUCACGUUAUGAAAUUGCCUUAUCUAGAUGCAAUUAUUGCCGAAACAUUGAGGUUACAUUCUCCUGUUUUGACAUUGAAUCGUCAAGUUUCUGCUCGUUAUCCUAUUCCAGAAUAUAAUUAUACAAUGGAAAAAGAUGAAUCUGUUUUCAUACCUAUUUAUGCUAUUCAUCAUAAUCCAGAAUUUCAUCCGAAUCCGCUACGUUUUAAUCCUGAACGUUUUAUGCCUGAAAAUCGUGAUAAAAUCAUACCAUAUUCAUAUCUUCCAUUUGGCGGUGGUCCACGUAACUGUAUCGGAAUGCGUUUUGCAAUGUCCGAAGCUAAAUUAGGCCUUGCAAGAUUGAUUAAAGAUUUUAUAUUCUUCAAAUCAUCGAAAACAUGUGAUGAAUUGAAGAUUAAGAAUGGUUUAUUUUUGUUGAAAACCACUCCCGUUUGGGUUGGUGUUAAACGUCGUUAAAAAAAAUUAACUUUAUCGUUUAUCAUUGAAAUAGUUGUUUGAUUUCUAUCAUCAUCAUUAUAUACAUGAUAAUAAAAUCGAUUGACACAAAAAAAAUCAUUCACAAAUCGAGUACAAAAUUGGUGCAGGUUUUUAUUGUCUACAUUCAAUCAAUCAGACUAAAGACAUCAUCAAUACAAAUGUAUGAACAAGUAAAAAAGUCAAAAAUUCAUAAAA